GGGUGAUUUAUCCGGAUAGUCCUGCAUCUCGAAGAUGUCGGCGGCAGUCUCGACGACAAACCUGGCGCCGUUCAAUCCGACGGGGGAUGGAGCGAUUCAAGUUGCGAUGGAGAUGAUUCAACCACAAAAGAGCGACGUUUUGUACGAUAUUGGAUGCGGGGAUGCGCGAUUCUUGGUCGCGGUGGCGCUCUCGACUGGGUGUAAGUGUGUGGGCAUCGAGUACGAUGCAGAGCUUGUUCGUCGCGCUAGUGUGUCCGUGGAACAGCACCAACUCGGCGACAACGUCACUAUUCGCCAUGAAGACGCUACACAAGCAGAUUUCUCGGACGCAACGUUGAUAUUCUUGUACCUUGUGCCAAAGGGCAUUCAAGCUCUGCUUCCUCAGUGAGCAAUGCAUUUUCCAUCGAGCUAUUCCUCCCUUUCGUAAAAACUUACUGACAAUCUAUGAUGUGUUGAUAGAUUGACUGAAGCUCGUGCUCGUGGCGUCAAGAUUUGCACCAACAUCUUCUCCAUCCCUUCGUGGACGCCGACUAGAAUUGGCGAGUUCAAAGGAACCAAGAUUUAUUUAUACGAGCCUUGAUGUGCCCUUCCAGCUUGGCUGCCUCCAAAUCGAUGCCGAUCCAGGUCGCCGACCGUCCAUAGCUUGGCUUGGCCAAGGCUUAGAGCGCACUGACAGUGACAUAGAACCAUGUAUAAUUCGUGUAAGUACGACCCUUAGGCGUCUUCUAAAGUGCGAUAUCUCC